GGCCUUUUGCAACACGUUACAAAUUUCAAUGACAAGGACCCAGUUUAUUGAACUUUGUCAGUCCAUCCUGAGAGUUGUCAGCCUCAGCUCAAUUACAGUGAUUUUACCAGCUGUUCUGCAUGGCAAAAAUCAUUUGGACAGCAUCUCACAUCUAUCCUCCAGUUGUGGUGCUGGACGUCCUUCACCUGCGAUUCCUGUUAAUGCUGGAUAUCAGAUUCUGCUCAGGAUAAGAGAGGCCGUGGCCAACUUCAGGAGGAAUAUUGGAUGGCGCCUUUCCUGUUGUCAUUUAGCAGUUGCAAGAUCCUCUUGCUGUUCGAUGUCUAACCUUUCAGCUGACAGCGACAAGAGCCAUACCCCCUCCUUGUCCGAACCUGCCGCAGUGCGAGAUAAAUCCUAUGACCAAGAUACAUAUGACCCACAGAGAUAUGAUAUGAUGUUGACAAAGCUAUUUUCUAGUGAAAGUAUUGACGUAGUUGCCAAGGAACUUGUCGGUCAGCUGCAUGGUGUUCUUCAGACCUCAUCUGCUCUACCAGAGGCUGCAAAAGUUCCUGAGGCGCUUUAUUCUUACACUGAGGCGGCCUUCAAGAAUUUGCUUCAGCCACACGUCCGCCAGCUUGUGGCCCAUAAUGCGCCAGAGAAUGUUUCUUCACCAGAUGCAUUUGAGACUGUCCCUGACACUGGAAUAUUAAGCGAAAUGCUCCUCGCAGCAUUGAGGAACUCUAAUUCUGCUCCUGCACUUGGACCUCAGGACAGUGUCAGAGAUGCAGCAGCAUCCAACAGCAUGGAGGACCAAAGCUCUUGCCAGAAACAUCAAAGCCUUGUUGGUUCAUUCAGCAGUCUGAUGGUCCAUCAGCUACUGGAUAUGAUGCACCAGUACUCAGUGGCACAAAAUCAGCAAGGCAGUCUUCAGGUUCAGGCAUCAUCUGUCACCAAUGAGCCAGAGACUACAAGUACAGGAAGGCCUUCCUCUACUGCGUCUUGGCUGCCCGUGUAUGAAGACAGAAAGGAUAAUGGCUGUUUCACCACGGUGCUGUUGCUGAGGCUACUGGCCAAAAUGAGGGAUGCACACACCGCCCCUGAGGACAAGAUGGUGAUGUCACAACAGCUGACUGAGAAACUUCUAGCCGAGUUCACUAGUGCCUCAGGAUCAGCAAGCGUUCAGGAGUAUCUCGGCAAUGUGAAGAUCCAGAGCAUCUACAAGACCAUGGAUACCUUCUUGGUGAAGAAGUUUGGACCGGAGGCUGUUCUGAGGAGGGCAGAGAAUACCCAGGAUGAAUCAUUUGAUGACAUCUUGCUGAUGAAACUGAGAGAAGAACUGUUGAGUAUUGAAUGGCGUAUUUCCUGUUGUCAUUCAGCAGUUUCUACAUCCUCUUGCUGUUCGAUGUCGAACCUUCCGGCUGACAACGUCAAGAGCCAUACCCCCUCCUUGUCCAAAGCUGCCACAGUGGGAGAUAAAUCCUAUGACCAAGAUACAUAUGACCCACAGAGAUAUGAUAUGAUGUUGAGAAAGCUACCUUCUAGUGAAAGUAUUGACGUAGUUGCCAAGGAACUUGUUGGUCAGGUGCAUGAUGUUCUUCAGACCUCAUCUGCCCUACCAGAGGCUGCAAAAGUUCCUGAGGCACUUUAUUCUUACGCUGAGAGGGCCCUCAAGAAUUUGCUUCAGCCACUCGUCCUCCCGCUGGUGGCCCAUAAUGCCCCAGAGAAUGUUGCUUCAUCCGAUGCAUGUGAGACUGUCCCUAACACUGGAGGAUUAAGCGAAAUGCUGCUCGCAGUACUGAAGAACUCUAAUUCUGCGGCUGCACUUGGACCUCAGGACAGUGUAAGAGAUGCAGCAUCCAACAGCAUGGACCAAAGCUCUGCUGACCAGAAACAACUGGAUAUUAUGCACCAGGACUCAGUGGCACAAAAUCGGCAAGGUGACCUUCAGGUUCAGGCAUCAUCUGUCACCAAUGAGCCAGAGACUACAAGCACAGGAAGGCCUUCCUCUGCUGCGUCUUGGCUGCCCGUGUAUGAAGACAGAAAGGAUAAUGGCUGUUUCACCACUGUGCUGUUGCUGAGGCUACUGGCCAAAAUGAGGUAUGCACACACCGCCUCUGAGGACAAGAUGGUGAUGUCACAACAACUGACUGAGAAAAUUCUAGCCGAGUUCACCAGUGCCUCAGGAGGAUCGCCAAGCUUUCAGGAGUAUCUCGGCAAUGUGAAUAUCCAGAGCAUCUACAAGACCAUGGAUACCUUCUUGGUGAAGAAGUUUGGACCGGAGGCUGUUCUGAGGAGGGCAGAGAAUGCCCAGGAUGAAUCAUUUGAUGACAUGUUGCUGAUGAAAUUGAGAGAGGAACUGUUGAGCAAGCAUGGCAUAGAAGUUCCAGCUGCUUCGUCUGCCUUAAGUGGCUCCUCCUCCCUUAGGCCUGCGUCUGCAGAAGCAGGUGGCCAAACUCCCAGGAAGAACAAAUGGAGACUAAAGAUCCCAAAGAGACGCAGCUCCAAGGUUGCUCCAGUUAACAGCGCUUCCAACAUAGGUCUGCAGGGAGAGACGGCCGCUCCUCGCGCUCCAUCUGAUGAUUCAGGCACCGCUGUGCCUGCUGCUGAUGAGCUGAAGUCUCGAAAGCGCCCUUGGUACCAUAUCUUCACCGCCUGCUUUCGACGCUCAAGCUGAAACUUGACCAGCCAACCUCAGUACCCGUUUCAACCCAACCCCUUUUACCUCACCACCAUCCACUUCACUUAACCUCACAACACGUUUCACCUCACCCAAUCCUCUUUCACCUCACCAGAGUUUGUACCCAACACCCUCCAGCAAUACUCCCUCUUCCUUUAUAAAAACACAAAACAAACAUAAAAAUAAAACAAAACGUCGAAACAACCAACCAAAAAAAUCAAAUCCCAUCCACUCCAUAUCCUACUCACGCACACACACACACACACAUACACAAACACACAUUUACAAAAUAACAAAAUAUAAAAUAAAAUAAAA